AUCAGCAGGAACGGUGAGUCUAUAUAUAGAGACGUAUUGCACAUAGCACUCUGUCCACCCAGAAGCCCAUAACAAACCAAGCAGAGCACUGCCCUGCACCUGUGCACCAUGGCGCUCGCCGCCGAGACCCAACGCUGCACUGGUCAGGCCUUGCUGGAUGCACAGCUCGACCUCUGGCACCACACCUUCGGCUACAUCAAGUCCAUGGCGCUCAAGUCCGCCCUGGACCUCCGCAUCGCCGAUGCCAUUCACCACCACGGCGGCGCAGCCACCCUCCCACAGAUAGUCACCAAGGUCACGCUCCACCCGUCCAAGACCCCCUGCCUGCGACGCCUCAUGCGCGCGCUCACUGUCACCGGCGUCUUCAGCGCCCAGCAUCCGGCGGACGACGGUGGCGAGCACGUUUACAGGCUCACGCCGGCGUCCCGCCUUCUGGUCGGCUCGCCGAACCUGGCUCCUUUUCUAACCUUGGUGGUCGAUAGCGUCUUCGUGUCCCCCUUCUUCGGCCUCGGCGAGUGGUUCCAGCACGAGCUGCCGGAUCCGUCCCUCUUCAAUAUGACGCAUGGACAAGCUGUAUGGGAUAUGGCUAGCCACAACGCGACAUUCGACAAACUCUUCAACGAAGGUAUGAUCGCGGACAGCGGCUUCAUCAUGGACGUCGUCAUCAAGGAGUGCGGCGACGUCUUCCAAGGGAUAAGCUCCCUGGUCGACGUUGCCGGGGGGUUCGGCGAGGCGGCCCAGGCCAUCUCAAAGGCCCUACAUGUCAAGUGCAUCGUGCUGGAUCUCCCGCACGUCGUCGCCAAUGCUCCCGCUGGCACUGAUGUGAAGUACAUCGCCGGCGACAUGUUUGAGAGCAUUCCGCCGGCAAACGCUAUCUUCCUCAAGGUGUGACUGUGUAUUUCUGCUAAUAUAUGUCACCUAAAUUGACAUAUGACUUUGAUCUAUUUUGGUGAAGAAAAAAAAACAUAAAUACAGUCUACAGAUGCUGCAAGCUAGCAUAAUUGCAUGAAGCAUGCACCCAAAAUUUAGGAACUUAGACCACUAGUUAGUUCACACGCGAGUAAUACUAGUACACUUGCAUUGACAAAACUUCACUUUACCAGUUUUCGGUAGAUAGUUGGCAAAAUUAACGAUCAAUAACUCAAGUGCUUCUGGAAAGAUAUCUAUGGAAACAAAGGCAAUACGAUAUCCAUUUGAAACCAAGGUCGAUAGCAUCAGUGCUAUAUGUCUUGGCACCAAGUCAGCAUUUUGUUAAUGUUCAGCCUGUUGAUACUGAAUUUAUUUACUUUGUAUAUUUGGUUUCAGUGGGUUUUGCAUGACUGGGGCGACGCAGAUUGUGUAAAAAUAUUAAAGAACUGCAAGAAAGCCAUACCUUCCAGAGAUGCAGGAGGAAAGGUUGUAAUAUUAGAUAUGGUGGUUGGAGUAGGGCCGUCAGACACGAAGCACAGA